AUGAUCUCCUUUUUUUUUCUUCUAUUUUCAAUUACCGUCCUCGCCGCCGUAGCCGCUUCCUCCUCCGGUAAUUCAGUCUCCACCUCGAUCCUAACCUCUUCUAUGGCUCUCACUUUGCAUCCCUCUCCCUUUCCGAUCUCACUUCCUUCCUCUACUCAAACUCCGUCUCUCCCCUUAUUCUUCCGCCACCAUCACACGAUCCCUCCGACUUACUCUUCGUGGAUCUCGUCAAAUCUCUCCCCUUACUCCGAAUUAUAUACAUUUCUGUCUGAAACUCUGAACUUCGCUCUCUUUACUAUAACUAGUAAUGUUUUGGAGUUGUGUGUUUACGAUAAAAGUUUUGGAAUUUCGCAAUUCGGUGAGAAAGGAUUGUUUGCGGCUGUGGAUGACAUCUUCUGCGUCUUCCGAGGACACAUCGAGAACCUUCCCUUCCUGAGGCAGCUGUAUGGAUUGAGCAAAGUCACAAACGAGGCCAUCAUGGUCAUUGAGGCUUACAGGACUUUACGUGACCGUGGCCCUUACCCUGUUGACAAAGUCGUCAAAGAUUUCCAUGGCAACUUUGCCUUUAUCCUCUUUGAUGGCACCAAAAACCGUCUUUGCUGCUGCUGUAACAACUCUACCUAUUCUUGUCCCAUCUGGGUGUUUUGA